CCGGGCCCUGCUCCUCCUCCGGCUCCGGCUCCGGCUCCGGCUCCUCCGGGGCGAUGCCUCCCGAGGCCGCGGGAUGAGCCAGUGACUCCACUGGCCCCGGGCAUGGCGGACCCAGUGGCGGGCAUCGCGGGCUCGGCGGCCAAGAGCGUUCGGCCUUUCAGGUCCAGUGAGGCCUACGUGGAAGCCAUGAAGGAGGACCUGGCAGAGUGGCUGAAUGCUUUGUACAACCUGGGCCUGCCCAGCGGCGGCGAGGGCUUCCUGACGGGGCUGGCAACGGGCACCACUCUAUGCCAGCAUGCCAACGCCGUCACCGAAGCUGCCCGGGCCCAGGCAGCAGCCAGGCCCACCCGUGGGGUGGUCUUCCAGGCCCACAGCGUGACACCCGGCUCCUUCAUGGCCCGAGACAACGUGGCCAGCUUCAUCGGCUGGUGCCGCGCCGAGCUGGGGGUGCCCGAGGUGCUCAUGUUUGAGACUGAAGACCUGGUUCUGCGUAAGAACGAGAAGAGCGUGGUCCUGUGCCUCCUGGAGGUGGCCCGGCGCGGGGCUCGCCUGGGCCUGCUCGCCCCCCGCCUGGUGCAGUUCGAGCAGGAGAUCGAGCGGGAGCUGCGGGCCACACGGCCUGCCCCCCACUCUCACUCCCCUGCCACUGUGGAGGACCUGGCAGAAACCACCGCAGCCCCGGGGGCUCCCUCCCGUGGCCCCCGAAUGACACCUAGCGACCUGCGGAACUUGGACGAACUGGUGAGGGAGAUCUUGGGCUGCUGUACCUGUCCGGACCAGUUUCCCAUGAUUAAGGUCUCCGAGGGGAAGUACCGCGUGGGAGAUUCCAGCCUGCUCAUCUUUGUGCGGGUGCUGCGGAGCCACGUGAUGGUCCGAGUGGGUGGUGGCUGGGACACGCUGGAGCACUACCUGGACAAGCACGACCCCUGCCGCUGCUCCUCCUCAGCCCACCGCCCUUCGGCGCAGAGAGCUAGCACCUUCUCCUCACAGAGGGGGUCACCCAUCCACAGUCCCCGGGCUGCCAGCCCUGUCCCUGGGAGCGAUCGUCGGGGCUCCCGGCCUGAAGUGACACCCAUGAGCUCACGCAGCUCCAAGGAGGGGCCCGAGACCCCACUCAGGCCUCGGGACCAGCUGCCCCCCCAUGCCCGCUCCCGCCGCUACUCUGGGGACAGUGACUCCUCGGCCUGCUCAGCCCAGAGCGGUCCCCUGGGUGCCCGCAGUGAUGAUCUGGCCACUGCCCCCCAGAGGGAGCGGCCUAGCCGACGGCUGACCACAAGCACCCCCGUCUCCCCGAAACGGCCCCCUGACCCCCGCAGCCAGUCUCGAGACAGGUUGGAACGGGGACGUCCCCGGGGAGCACCAGGAGGCAGAGGGGCCCGGCUGUCAGCCCCCAGCCCUGCCCGGCGUGCUCGAAGCAAGAACCGAGAGGAGCAGGCUGUGCUUUUGGUGCGCAGAGACCGAGAUGGGCAGCAUUCUGUGCUGGGGAGCAGGGCAGGCUCUGGGAGGAGCAGCCCCCAGACACCCCGUGACCUCAGCCCUGUGGGCCUGGUAGCCCCUUGGCCUUCCGGUGUGUCCAGCUCGGGAUUGGGCCCCGUGCCGGCCAGCGUCUUACGCACACCCCUGCAGCUGGACCCGCAGCAGGAGCAGCAGCUGAUCCAGUGCCUAGAAGAGGAGUUCCUGGCCAAUUCCCAAGCCCUGGAGGCUGCAGCUAGCAGGACCCCCACUGGACCAGCUCCCGAGCCAGCGCGGGCCCCAGAAAACCCAGCUCCUGAUUCCGCGUAUUGCUCCUCUAGCUCUUCUUCCUCAUCCCUCAGCGUCCUGGUUGCCAAGUGUGGCCAACCUGGAGAUGCUGGCCGGGUGGCCAAUGGGCUCCCCGGGCCUAGAGGCCCAGCCCUAUCCAGUUCUUCUGAUGAAGGCAGCCCCAGUCCUGCCGUGGGUGGCCCACCAGAUGCACCUGGCCUCCCCACCUGCCCAGAACCUCCAAGGACCAUGGCGCGAGGCCGGAUGGAUACGCAGCCAGACCGAAAACCCUCACGCAUCCCCACACCUCGGGGCCCCCGACGCCCGUCUGGACCCAUGGAGCCAGGAGCCUGGCAUGCCCUGCCUUCGGUCACCCGAAGGGCUGAGCCAGAUUCCUGGAUGUGAUGGACCUGCUACCAGACUCCCUACUUCAAUCACCUUUUCCUUUGUGGCCUUAACCCCUCUGCAUCAGGGAAACCCCUGCCUCCUGCCCCCCGCUGACUCUUGGGGACCAGACCUCAUGGGACCACUUGCACAAUGGGACCUCUGUUGUACAUUCCAGUUGGGGAUCAACGUUGCUAUUUAACUAAUAUUAUUGAAAGCCUUAGAGUCGGCAGGGCCAGUUCACUGGGGACUUCUGAGGUCCUGUGACCCUGCAGAGCCUGACAAGUAAAGUCUUGUUCAAUCA